UUACUGCAAAUCAUCCGCCACAGAGACCGUGGAUCCCGUUGACGAGACCGAACAGGACGAGACCAACAUGUAUAUUCACGGUAAUGUGUUACAACGUGCUGUGCGACAAGUACGCGACGCGGCAAAUGUACGGUUAUUGUCCGAGCUGGGCGCUCGAUUGGGAAUAUCGGAAAAAGGGAAUCCUCGAUGAGAUACGACAUUACGCCGCGGACAUCAUCAGCCUGCAGGAGGUCGAGACGGACCAAUUCUACAAUUUCUUCCUGCCGGAGCUCAAGCAGGACGGCUACGAUGGAAUCUUUUCGCCAAAGUCCCGCGCGAAGACAAUGGCAGAGAACGAUCGGAAAUAUGUGGAUGGUUGCGCCAUUUUUUAUAGGACUGCGAAGUUUACCCUGAUCAAGGAGCAUUUAGUCGAAUUCAAUCAACUGGCAAUGGCGAACGCGGAGGGCUCCGACAAUAUGCUGAACAGAGUUAUGCCAAAGGAUAAUAUCGGACUGGCUGCCUUGCUCAGAACGAAGGAGGCUGCCUGGGACAAUGGCCUUCCAUCUGAUCCAGCACAGGUUCAACAACCAAUUUUAGUUUGCACAGCACACAUUCAUUGGGAUCCAGAAUUCUGCGAUGUAAAAUUAAUACAAACAAUGAUGCUCAGCAAUGAAUUACGUUCCAUUUUGGACCAAGCUGGUCAGUCUUUUAGGCCUGGCCAUAAACCUGAUUCUUCCAAUGUUCAGUUAUUACUUUGUGGUGACUUCAAUUCCCUGCCUGAUUCUGGUGUAAUUGAAUUUCUUACAUCGGGACGAGUAGCGGCCGAUCACCGCGAUUUUAAAGACUUAGCUUAUAAAUCAUGCUUACAAAAGAUCUCUGGUUGCGAUAAACCUAAUGAAUUUACUCAUUCUUUUAAACUUGCAUCUGCAUAUAGUGAAGACAUCAUGCCCUAUACUAACUAUACAUUCGAAUUUAAAGGUAUAAUAGACUACAUUUUCUAUUCGAAACAAAGUAUGGUACCGUUAGGGCUUCUGGGUCCUCUAAGUGCAGAUUGGUUUAGAGAACAUAAAGUGGUUGGUUGUCCACAUCCACAUGUUCCAUCUGAUCACUUUCCUCUGUUAGUGGAGCUUGAAAUGACACCAACAGUAGGAACAAGCAAUGGACUGAUCUCACGCAGGUAGCAGCUGCUGCGAUCUAGGCCCAAGUAACUAUAAGGGAAUUAUAAAUGAUAAUAAAAAUGAAAUCCCCAUCACAUUUUCUCUUACUUCUGGCUCUAGCAAUAUCACUCGCAGUCGACAACUAUUUCAAUAGCAAAUGUUAUAAAUACUCCAUAUUACCGCACAUUCAACAAAAGCUAUCAGAUAUCGAUGAAUAAUUCUAAUGACCAGGUGAAGGGAGCUGUGUUGUAAUGCGUUUAGCCCAUGUAUAGUGUAUUGCAUUUUUAAGAAUUAACUUUCCCCAUAUUAAGAGUAUUUUAACCUCUACUACCAUCGUAAUAUGUAGAUACCUAUUUUCCUACAAAAAAAAGAUAUUCCGAUCAAGCCUCUGUGAUAUUGACAUUAACAAUUGGAACAACUUCACAUAUUUAUCAACAAAUUAGUGUCUACUAGAGAAAUCCUAAUCUCUUCCUAAAUGUCAUUACAACAUUCUCCAAGCCAACUUUUUGAUAAGAAUGCUGCCAUCCAACGAGAAAAUUGUAUUUUUAAACAAAACAAAAACAAAAAAUACGAAAACAUACACGCUAUACUGGGCUGUGCGAAGUGAUUGGAGUUGACUUAACAAUUUCAAUGCAAGUACAAAUCUGUUCUUAUUGGCCACGUAUAUUGAUAAUGAUAAUGUUAUAUAAGGAAAUAGAUGAUAUUGUAGCGAGUGUAUUUGUAAGUAUGGUAAUGUAAUGAUAUUCAUCAUUCAUAGUAUCCUGAAAAUCAGUGGACAUUCACUCAUUAAAUGUUCAGUUCCAAUUUAUUAAUAUAUACCAUACUAAUUCACUACUUGUUAAUUCAGUUGAAUUCAAUUUGUACAUGCUGCAGUAUUCGUUUCACGUUUAUCCUUAUUUCCGUCGUGUACUUAUUUUUCAAUUGCAUAUACGUUUAUGUCAAUGUGUUUUGUUUCGUUCUUCUUUUAGGUUUCUAUUUCACAAACCUUCAUUAAAAUAAUAUCCCACUAUUAUGUUUAACUCGUAAUAAAACUUUGCACAAUAAAUAUAAUUUAAUCUGAAAAUUUCAGGAAAAUAAAUGGGUUUGUUUUCUAUAGAAAUUUGAUAUGUCAGAAUAAUAUACAUGUAGCAAUAUUUAAAUAUUUUAUAAAUACUUUAUUAGAUUUUUUUAAUUGUAGAAAGUUACAGUUGUUGCUUUUCCACAUUUGCAUUGCUUAUCACACUAUGUAAUAAUUAAAUACAGGAAUGUAUAUUUCCAAAUUUUCUUAUAUCUUUAUUAUUUUUUUAUUGGAAUUAGCUUGCUUUCAUAUAUUAAGUAAGUUUUUAUUCCUUAUUUCAUUAAAUACAAAGCAAAGCAUGUAUAUGAACAAAGAUGUUUCAAUAUCAUAAAUUGUAAAGAAUAUGCUUGAACAUGCCUGAUUUCCCUUGAACAUUUGGAAUAGAUGAAACAGUGUUCCUAAACAUAUUUCAAACAAAACGGCACUACCGAUACAUUGCAUAACAUUCAUUGUACAUAAUAAAUGUGAUAAGUGUAAAAUGGGCUUGUAUUCUACUCAUAUUUGACAAAAAGUAACAACUGAAUUAUACAAGUAGUAUACAAUUAGUUGAUCAAAGACAUGUGUGUAGUAAAUGUUGUAUAAAGUAGAUAAUUACAAUAUAGUUUUAAUUAAUGGAGGUAGAAGUGGCAAUCCCUACUUGUAUAUGCAUUCAUUAACAAACACGUGGUAAGCGAACAAUACAUACAUACAAUGUACUAAAACAGUUACUCGUGAAUCUAGGCCUACAUUAAAGUUUAACAUCAUCAUUUGUAUAUUAUUUAGACAAUUUGAAAUUUCAGUUUUCUAUCACGAUCUAUGUUAAGGUAUAUAAUUACGAAAUGCUAAUGUUUUAUAAGACAAAACUUUUUCGACGGUUAUAUUGGUGUUGGCUACUCCUAAAUAUGUAUACUUUCUUUGAUUCGUUAACAUAGAACUGAAAUUCAAUUAUACAUACGGCAGUUAUUUGUCAAAUAAUACGAAAUUUUUUAUGAUCAAAUAAAAUUUUAAAUGACUACUGACAUUUAAGUAGCAUUAAAUGUUGAA